GUUGCGUCGAGUGUCGUGCGAGCGUCUUCUCAUGCCAGCUGUGCGUGCGUGCGGCUUGGGAUGCGGCCGCCGCGGUUAGAUAAACAUUCGCCGUUGCGAACGCACGCGAUAAGAUAAACGACGACGUGCGUUGGGCGGAGGCUCACGGCGAUAUCAGAGCGCGGUGGAAACGUGCGCGAAAUGGCCGAUGUUGACGAUUACGAACAUUACGACCACCGGCCUCGUAUCGUUGCAGUAAUACCCAAGAAGAUGCACAUCGAGCGAAUGGAUUCGACAGACUCGGUGGAUCGAGCAGAGCAGAAUCAACCAAAGACGCCGCCGACGCCACCAACAAGAAGCGUGGAUAACGCGAAAUACGGUCGCCUGGCGACUGUAUCCGAGGAGACAACAACGAUGAAAACAAAAGACGACGACUUCGUUAAUAACAACAGGUCGCGCUGGUCGGGCAGCCCAAAUCCGACUGAACGAGUUGCUGCUGCAGUUGCUGAAGUUGAAUCUAUUACGACCGGCGGUCAGCGCGUCGGCGUCGGCAGUGCGAAUGCGGCACAGCAGCACCACCAACGCGAAAAUAACUUCAAUUCGCUGCACCAGCAAAAACGUGUUCAACCCGUUGAGUAUCAUGACGUCAGGCAUGUCGAGCGCGUGGAAGCAGGAUGGACCAAUGCCGGACACAUGGAGCAAGACAAACAUGACGGACGGGUCGCUCAGGUGCGCGUCAGCAUUCAACCCAUUCAGCCAAUCAGCACAGACGCAGACGGAAAUACGCGUUUGAGUACGAUAGAAGAAAAUAACCGACUGGCGCAGUUACGCAAAGAAUACGAGUUCGACAAGGACAGAACUGAUCAUCACAGUCUUGCGGGUUUGCUUAAAGACUUGGGAGCAGCUAAAAGAAACAUGGCUACGCUAAGUCCUAAGUCGCCCAAACCAGCCGUGUCAAAAACGGACAAGGAGGAAUCCAUCUGGGAUAAGAUUGGUACACUUGGCAGGAAGAAGCGCAUUAAGGAAGUGCAAGAAGUACAGGAGGAGGGUAAACAUGCCAUCGAUUCACCUGGACUGCCACAUUUUCCGACUACGUCUCCAGAGGAUUAUGAUUUAGAGGAAAACGAAGAACGCUGCAUGAUAGACCAUGGCGUUUACACAAAUCCACUCUUCAUUAAACUGGUCAAUGUCCUCAUCAAUUGGAUCAAUGAUGAGUUGGCCUCUCAAAGAAUCAUUGUGCAAGAUCUUGCUGAAGACUUGUAUGAUGGUCAAGUAUUGCAGAAAUUGCUGGAGAAGCUCACCGGCGAUAAAUUGGACGUGCGUGAGGUAACGCAGUCUGAAGAGGGGCAGAAGCAGAAAUUGCACGCGGUUCUCAGUCACUUCAACCAUGUGCUCGGUUUGUCGCGCACUGGCUCCAAGAAGUGGAAUGUCGAAGCGAUUCAUUCGAAAAACAUUGUCUCGAUUAUGCAUCUUUUGGUGGCACUUGCACGUCAUUUCCGCCCGCCUGUCCGUCUUACUGAGCAUGUAAGCGUUCCUGUGGUUAUUGUGAAGAAGCUCGGUGGACAUUUGGAUCAUCGUACAGUCACAGAGGUGAUUACUACAUCGUAUGAUGAUGUUGGGCUGAGAUGGGAACGCGAUGCGAUUGAUACGCUGUUUGAUCAUGCGCCGGAAAAGCUUCAGAUGGUUAAAAAGAGCCUUGUUACUUUUGUAAAUAAACAUCUCACCAAGAUAAAUCUCGAGGUGACCGAGAUUGAAACGCAAUUCCACGACGGUGUGUACUUGACGUUCUUGAUGGGCCUGCUUGAAGGCUUCUUCGUACCGCUGCACUCGUUCCAUUCGACGCCGAAAGACUUUGAGCAGAAAGUUCACAACGUUUGCUUCGCCUUCGAGCUGAUGGAGGAAGUAGGUAUCACCAAACUUAAAGCGCGACCCGAAGAUAUUGUUAACCAAGAUCUUAAAUCGACGCUACGCGUACUUUACACGUUGUUUAACCGGUACAAACACUUGUAAAUGAUGUUUUUAACCAAAACUUUACAAGGUAGGAUAGAUUUUAUUUGAAUCUAUCGUGGAACUGCCAUUUGUCUUCGUAUUUUGUAACAUCGCGUGUACAAUACUGACGCCAUGAGUCUUCUAGAGUGUGCCUUAAUUGUCGUUAACAGAGCCUUAACAUAAUUUAUUAACUUCAAAGUUUAGAAUUUUAAAACAAAGUAUAUACAAAGAAUUAUAUUUAUUAUAAUAUAAUAAUUUUAUUAACUAAGUAAUAAAGAAGUAUUAACAUAA